AUGCCGAACAAGCUCCCCCCCUUCCUGCGGGCGGUCAAGACGCGCAGGGAACUGUACUCAGUUCGCGAGUUUUACUUUGACCUCAUCGACGUGAGGAACAACGCAACGCUGGCCGCAGCGAUGUUGGUCAUCCUUAGCAAUGAGGACCCAGGCGUGGUCCGAUUCCAAGAGGAGGAGGUGACCACUGUGGAGGAAUUCCAGGAGAAACUCUUGGAAGUCACCGUCGUGCGCCGUCAUGGUGCUGCCGGAAAGGUGGCCUGUGCCUGGCGCACGGAGGACAACACCGCCAAGGCUGGAACGCACUACACAGCUGGUAGCGGCGUCUUGGAGUUUGAGCAUGGUCAGAUGGUGGCAAAACUUCCACUGACGGUUUUACCUGCUGGUCGCUACCAGUUGUCCAGCACUGUCCGCAUACUGCUCUCCAACAUCACUGGCGGAGCCAAGUUUGACGCGACCACCGAAGGUGGACGGGAUCUUUGCAUCGCCACCGUCGUGAUCCAGCCAGACCCUGCCGUGCAGGAUCGGAUCCAGCGAAUUCACAGUGCCCUAGCGGUGAACUGGACCAAGGCCCAUACCGCAAAGUCGAACUGGACAGCCUGGAAAGAGCAGAUCAUCGAUGCUGUCAAGCUUACGGACGAUGACGAGGAUGAGGAGGAGGAGGAGGGCCAGGAAGAGGGUGCCUCCCGAGGGAGAAGGAGGGGCUGUCUGCAGUACAUCGGCAUGGCGAUGACUGCUGUGCUAGUGGUCCCAUGGAAGAUCUUCUUCGCGGUGAUACCGCCUCCUGGAUUCUGCGAUGGGUGGCUCUGUUUUUUCUGCUCGCUUGGUGGCAUAGGACUACUGACAGCUGUAGUGGGAGAUCUGGCAGCGCUCCUGGGGUGCGGAUGCUCAGAUUCCAGCGAACUGGUCAGGGCUUCGGGGUCCUUCUGA